AUGUCCUUGAGUGCCUCUUGGCCACCAGAGACCUUGACACCUGGAAGACACCAUUCACCACCACGACAGGCAUCUUCCUACCCAUCUCAUCCUCUGGAUCCUGUGGCUUCUCCUGCACCCAUGCCUGAUCCCAGCAUGGCAGCUCCUGAGUUUGAAUGGAAAAUACUGUCAACCUCACAGAGAACACCUCUACAAGGUUGGUCUUCUCCCAUGCCAACCACCCCAGGGUUUAACCUCUCUAGGAGGCCUACCUCAACCAUCCUAAGCCUUAACUACUCUAGCAGGUCUACUUCAACCAACUUAGACCUUGACCACUUAAGCAGGCCUAUAUCAACCACCUCAGGCCUUGAUAACUUAAGCAGGCCUACCUCAACAAACCGAGGCCUUGACCAGUUAAACAGGCCUAAGUCAACCACCUCAGGCUUUGACCACCUAAGCAGGCCUACCUCAACAUCUCCUGGCCUUGACCAUUUUAGCAGGUCUAUCUCAGGCCCUUUCAGAUACCAGGUAGCUACCAAAACCUUGUACCACUCAAACCUAACAUGUGAUGAGUCCUUGCCAGAGGAUCUUUCGCUCACCAUUCACGAGGCCUUGUUCAGGACAGGCCACACAGACUGGCAGAUAGAGGCUGGAGAACCCUCUUUCAUAAACCGUGACAUGCAGGAUAAUCUGGAUGUUCGAAUCAGAAAAAGAGUCCAACUAAAUGGUUGGAAGCAGAAAGAAAAAGGAAGGUCAGACCUUUGCUGGCUGCACUCCAGGAACAACAAGCAGGAUAUCAUCUCAUGCCUGUUCUGGAGGAAAAACUGUGAAUCUGAGCAGUUUUCGGCUCAUCAAAAGGUCUUAGGCAAUGAUUUAAAGGAGACCUAUAACCAGCUCUUCUGGGGGCACCCCGUUCUCCACAGUAAGUCCCUUGUGACCACUGUCAGCAUGACAGGGCCUCCACUCCAUCGCCCCUCUAUCUUGUUCAAUGGAAGCUCUACUUAGAGCCCCUUACAAGAUCAGACAAACGACCCUGCACAGCUCUGUUCUCCACAGCCCUUGCUUCAUCACUCAGUAAAAUCCCAACCUUUGACUCCAAAGUUUUCCUGGUCCCGAUCUCCACCAGAGACUAGAAUCCAAACCCAGGCCCAUGACCCAUCCCCACUCUCAAAGCUACCAUGCAAUUCAGCUCCAAAUAGGGAUGAUGACGCUCCUUGCACAACACCUUCAGGAACCCAAGUUAUUGUCCCCCCUGCUGUUGAACACCUAGAGCACCACUUUUUAAAGAAACACCAAGAAAGUAUGGGUGAUUUACCAGUCAUGGUUAAAGAAUCAAGGGAAGCAUUUAAUCAACACACUUCCAAGAGUUGGGUCUCUCAGGGUCAUGGGUCUGCUGUCCAUCUCCAGAGGGAAUUCAUUAGCUCCGAACUCUGGCAGCAGAUGAAAAACACUUAAAAAAGACACUCACAAAACACCAAGGUCAAAGCCCUAACAAAGUCCAGGUAACUCUGGACCUGGAUCAGGCACAAGUGAAUCAGAGGACUUCAUGCCCCUCGGCACUGGCAAAUGAAAGCAGUCAGCACCCACAGAGUGUCUCAUCAAAUGGUCCAGAGAUAUUCCAACGAUGGAGGAACCCACACCAGUAUAUGACAAAAUCUCUGGAAGAGCUCUGAAAAAACCUCUCUACAGGAGCCUAGAAGUUUUUGAGACCAUCUGUGAGACCGAGGAGGGAACUUGCCACAUUAGACACCUGAGAAGUGAUGUGCCAAGUGUUUCCCUGGUGGAAACAGGUAAGGAAGAGCGAGAAGACCCCCUGAGAAACCACUCAAAUGAUGAGUGGAGAAAAACAAAUGAGACUAUGUUGCGCAAGGGAACCUGUCAUGUAAUCUAUUUAGAUCAUGUGUCUGUCCCACCUAAAGUCUCAAAGUCAACUACAGAAACUCGGAAAGAAACACCCUUCCAUGAUGCAACCACUAGCAAGAAAACUAAUGGGAAUUUCAUCCUAGAUCCAGGCAUUCAGUAGGUGCUAGAAGCAUAUAUUACAAGACGCCAAGUGAGGCACAGAUGGAGAUUGCCCCUCAGAGGCCUCAAGAACAUACGUGUUUUAAACAUGAAGGAGGUUACGACUUUGCCCUUUCCACAGUCCUCCAAUGCCUCUCUGCCCUGGGAAUCUGGAGACAACUGCAUUAUCCAAAUGGCCAGUGCCCUGGGAAUACCCUUCCAGAAAAACUUAGGAAAGGAAGGGACAAUAAAAGCUUCCAUUGUGCAAUCUCAGUCCACACAGACCUGUCCUUCUGUUCUCCAGGUAGAAUUCCUGAGAGAGGCUCCACCUGGUAACAACUCUGGGCCCUUUGAGGCCCCUACAACUGCCCAGAGGGACAAUGUCACAUCUGUUCAGGAGUUCGGUGUGCCUUCCGAGUCCUCAAAUAGCAGGGGUAUCAGGGAGCUGGUGGAGACAGAGGAGGAAGAGCCCUGUGCCUGGAUAAUAUUUGUUAUAUUGAAAUCAAUGAAUUCCUGGAGACCAGUGGGCGUCUAUCAUCCCCUUCUGAAAGCUGUUCCCAGGAUACAGAAGACUCGGGCCAGAGCACACGUCACUGUUCUACUGCUGGCUUUGCCCUGCAGGAGUGUGCCAUCGGCAAGUGCUGCGGAGACUGGGUCCCCGAGGUUCUGCUUGCUGCAGAGAUACUGGUUUCCAGGGUCUCCCAGUCCAGCUCCAAGGCCACAGGUAAAAUAAUGACAAGUUCAGGGACAAAAUAAAAAACUUUAUACAGUCGAUUUUAAGUCCCAAGCAAAAAUGCAAGGGUUUACCACCCAUGACCCAAAGUCCACCAUCAGUCACAGGCAAACUGUUCAUGCCAGUUGCUGAACACAUCACUGAAGGACAGAACCUCACGACCUGUGUUGGACAGAUUCUAAAGAAGUAAUCAGGGGUUCACAAUAGCUGUGUUCCCCCCAAACCUGUGAUUAGUCCUGGAUCCCACCACAGGAUUCCAAUGACAGCAUCAAAAAAAUCCAAGGAAACAGCACAGUUUGUCAACCAAACCUCAACUUACAUAGCCAACCUGCCCAAGACAAAGGGAUGCCCCGUGGAAACAUCCAGGCCCAGCUAUCCAGCCGCUAUCAGCACAGAGCCCAAGUUCCACAUGUCCCAGGGAUGCCUGUCCACUGUCCAAGGCACUGUCUCUACAGAAAUACAUUACCUAGAAAGGAAAUGCUUUCCCCAAGGUAAAAUAAACUUUUACACAUUA